GCGCCGGGAAGAACGGCCAGCCCCUCAGACACUGGGUGGGCUGCGCCGCGCCGCUCGCGGACCUUCCUGGGUUGGAGAGGUGCGCACACUCCGCACCUCACCCAGCGGCUGCCAUCUCCUACCCAGGAGAUGCGCGCUGGAGCCUGAGUUCCUGAGUCUUUGGAGCCACCACCUGCGAAUGCCCUUCGCUUCUACUGAGCCAUGGCCGGCAGCCCAGUGAGAUUAUUCCAGGUCUUCGAAGACCGUCUUCAAAAACCCAGAAUGAAGUUCACACUUACACGCUGGUGCUUGACCCUCUUCGUCUUUCUGAAUCGCCCAAUUCCAGUUCUUCCUGCCGCUUCAGAGGUCACCCACCCUCCAACAAUAGAGCCGGAGCCAUUUCUCUACCUUUUAGGAAAGCAGAGACUGUUGGAGGCACAGCACAGAUGCUAUGACCGAAUGCAAAAGUUACCCCCAUACCAAGGAGAAGGUCUGUAUUGCAACCGUACCUGGGAUGGAUGGUCCUGCUGGGAUGACACACCGGCUGGAGUGCUCGCCGAACAGCACUGCCCAGAUUAUUUUCCGGACUUUGAUGUAGCAGAAAAAGUUACAAAGUACUGUGAGGAAGACGGGCUUUGGUACACGCACCCUGACAGCAACAUAUCCUGGUCCAACUAUACUAUGUGUAACGCUUUCACUCCUGAGAAAAUGCAGAAUGCAUACAUUCUGUACUACUUGGCUAUUGUGGGUCAUUCUAUGUCGAUAUUCACCCUGGUGAUUUCCCUGGCGAUUUUCGUGCUUGUUAGGAGCCUUAAGUGCCAAAGGGUGACUCUGCACAAGAACAUGUUUCUGACUUACGUUCUGAAUUCUAUCAUUAUCAUCAUCCACCUGGUUGAAGUUGUGCCCAAUGGAGAGCUCGUGAAAAGGGAUCCGCCUAUCUGCAAGAUUUUGCACUUUUUUCACCAGUACAUGAUGUCGUGCAACUAUUUCUGGAUGCUCUGUGAAGGAGUCUAUCUUCACACCCUCAUCGUGGUGUCUGUGUUCGCUGAGGGACAACGCAUGUGGUGGUAUUAUGUCCUGGGCUGGGGGCUCCCGCUGGUGCCAACCACUGCCCAUGCUAUCGCAAGGGCCCUGUUUUUCAAUGACAAUUGCUGGCUGAGUGUGGACACCAACCUGCUUUACAUCAUCCAUGGUCCUGUCAUGGGGGCAUUAGUGAUCAACUUCUUCUUUUUGCUCAACAUCGUCCGGGUGCUUGUGAAGAAAAUGAAGGAAUCCCAGGAGGAGGAAUCGCACAUGUACCUGAAGGCGGUGAGGGCCACUCUGAUCCUGGUGCCCCUGCUGGGGGUUCAGUUCGUCGUCCUCCCCUGGAGACCUUCCCACCCAGUGCUUGGAAGGAUCUACGACUACGUGAUGCACUCUUUGAUUCACUUCCAGGGAUUCUUUGUUGCCGUCAUUUACUGCUUCUGCAACCACGAGGUCCAAGCUGCUCUGAAGCGUCAAUGGAACCAAUACCAAGCCCAGCGCUGGAGUGGCCGCCGCCGUGCCAACCGUGCUGCCAACGCUGCUGCUGCCACUGCCGCUGCCGCUGCCGCCCUGGCUGAGGCUCCUCAGAUUCCUGUCUACAUCUGCCAUCAGGAGCCAAGGAACAUGCCCACCAACAACCUAGGCGAGGAGGGGGCCGAGGUCGUCGCUAUGGAGGGUGCUGAGGUCAUCGCCAUGGAAAUCAUCGAGCAAGAGUCAUCCGCUUGAAUGUGACGCAAAUACAGCAUCGUGAUCACUGAGCCCUCAUUUCCUGGGAAAAAGACCGACCAUGCAUUUAAAGUAAUUUCCAUCCUCCCAGGAGCAAACAUCUCAUUUGUGAGAAUUACUAAGUGCAUUUGUCCAUAGUGAACCUGAAGAAAGUUUUACUUGGUACUCUUGCUACCGGGAGACAGUCUAGGAAUGGAGUCUCCCUCUGCAGCAUUUGUGAACUCCUGUGAAUUCCAUCUUUCAUCCAGGACUGAGAUACAAAUGUCAUAGUAAUGCAAGCAAAGUGUCCGAGUAAAACACAGUUAAGUUGACCUAGUUCAGAUACAGGGUGCUCCUUGUUAAUCUUGAGCCAUUUAUACCUUUGAAAAAUUAAAAUCACUGUCAAUGUUUUUCUUUUUAACUCUAAACUUUGAAUUAGGAUACUUCUGUAUUUGGC